CACUGCUCUCCAGGCGUUGCUGCGGCAGGCAGCGGGGUGGGCGGAGGGGUUUGCAGGUGUGGCCGCAGGUGAGACUCCCCCCACCGAGUCAGGGCUGCGUGCGUGGGUGUGCGAAGGAGAGCAGCGAAGCGAGCGCAGAUGAUCCGCCAAGAGAAAGGGAGGAACAACAGUCCCGAACGCAGAGCGGCUGCCUGAGACUGUUGGGUUUUGGGGCCGGGAGCCCCAAGGACCGUGAACAUGGACUCUGUCACAGGAGCCCUUCUCAAGAUGCUCUUUCUUUUGUCUACUCAGAACUGGAGCGUAGUAAUAGCGGAGAAUACUCGUGAUUGUGAUGAUCCGCUGGCAUCUUCAUUGCCCUGGGAAUCCUUCAGCAGCUCUUCAGAGUUGUCAAGCAGCCAUGGGCCUGGGUUUGCCAGGCUUAAUCGAAGAGAUGGAGCUGGUGGCUGGUCCCCGCUUGUGUCAAAUAAAUACCAGUGGCUGCAGAUUGACCUUGGAGAGAGAAUAGAGGUCACGGCCGUGGCCACCCAAGGAGGAUAUGGGAGCUCCAACUGGGUGACCAGCUAUCUCCUAAUGUUCAGUGACAGUGGGAGGAACUGGAAACAAUUUCGACGAGAGGGAAGCGUCUGGGGUUUUCCAGGAAACACAAAUGCCGACAGUGUGGUGCACUACAGACUCCAUCCUCCCGUGGAAGCCAGGUUCCUGCGCUUUCUUCCUGUGGCCUGGAACCCUAAGGGCAGGAUUGGGAUGAGGAUUGAAGUGUACGGAUGUGCAUAUAGAUCUGAGAUAAUUAAUUUUGAUGGGGAAAGUUUCUUACUGUACACACUUAAGAAAUCCCUGAGUUCAACAAAAGAUGUAAUUUCUUUGAAAUUUAAAACCAGGCAGAGUGAUGGGAUUCUGCUCCACAGAGAAGGACAGAAUGGCAAACGUAUGACCCUGGAAUUAGUUAAAGGAAAACUCAUCUUAUUCCUUAAUGCAGGCGAUGCUACCCUGCUCUUCCCUGAUGCCCAUGUGAAUCUGACCCUGGGCAGCCUCCUGGACGACCAGCACUGGCAUUCCAUCCUCAUUGAGCUCCUCAGCUCAAGCAUCAACGUCACCCUGGACAGACACACUCACUACUUUCAGGCAAAGGGAGAAUUCAGUUAUUUGGAUCUUUAUCAUGAGAUCAGCUUUGGAGGGAUUUCUGGACAUGGAAAAUCAGUGGCGUUUCUACAUAAAAACUUCCAUGGAUGUUUAGAAAAUCUUUAUUAUAAUGGAAUGGAUAUUAUUGAUUCAUCCAAGAAACACAAACCACAGAUCCUCAUUAUGGGAAAUGUGUCCUUCUCCUGCCCACAACUCCAAACCGUCCCUGUGACUCUUCUGACCUCCAGGAGUUACUUGGCCCUGCCGGGCGCCUCUGGAGAGAACAAAGUGUCCGUCAGUUUCCAGUUCCGAACGUGGAACAGAGCAGGGUUGCUGCUGACCAGUGAACUUCAGCAUGGUUCAGGGACUCUUGUCCUUGUUCUUAAUGAUGGAAAACUCAAAUUGAGUCUCUCCCAGCGAGGACGUUCAGGGAGCGGUGUCACAGCAGGUGCUGGAUUAAAUGAUGGGCAGUGGCAUUCUGUAUCCUUAUCUGCUAAAAAGAAUCAGCUGAGUGUGACAGUGGACAGUGACCCGGCCUCCGUUGCCCAUUUCCUGGUGCCUAUGCAGAUUGAAUCAGGAGACAUCUAUUAUUUGGGAGGCUGUCCUGACAACAGUUCUGGCUCUGGAUGUGAGUGGCCCCUGCUGGGAUUUCAGGGCUGCCUGAGGCUCCUCUCCAUUGGCGAUAAAGCCGUGGAUCUCAUCUCCGUACAGCAGGGGGCGCUAGGGAGUUUCCGUGACCUGCAGAUAGACUCCUGCGGCAUCGCAGACAGGUGUUUGCCCAGCUAUUGUGAACAUGGGGGUGAAUGUUCCCAGUCCUGGAAUACCUUCUCCUGUGACUGCACAGAUACUGAUUACCUGGGGGCAACCUGCCAUUCCUCUCUCUACGAGCAGUCGUGUGAAGCCUACAAGCACAGAGGGAACUCUUCAGGGCUCUACUACAUUGAUUCAGAUGGAAGUGGCCCACUGGGACCAUCUCUGGUAUAUUGCGACAUGACAGACACCACCUGGACCUCAGUGCAGCAUAAUGGCUCCCAUUUGACCAGGGUCAAAAGCUCUGAUGGAGAAAGCCUGCAUCCUGUGCUUUUCAACUACACGGCCAGCCUGGACCAGCUCCAGGCCAUAAUCAACCGUGCAGACCACUGCCAACAGGAGCUGACCUUCCAUUGCAAGAAUUCUAGGCUUUCAUCUCCCCGAGAUGGAACCCCACUGAGCUGGUGGGUUGGAAGAACCAAUGAAACACACAGUUACUGGGGAAGUUCUCUGCCUGAUGCUCAAAAGUGUACUUGUGGAUUAGAGGGGAACUGCCUUGAUUCUCAAUAUUACUGCAACUGUGAUGCUGACCGGAAUGAAUGGACCAGUGACACAGUAGUCCUUUCCCAGAAGGAGCACCUGCCAGUCACACAGGUCGUGAUGACAGACACAGGCCGACCACAUUCUGAAGCAGCUUAUACACUGGGGCCUCUGCUCUGCCGGGGGGAUAAUUCAUUUUGGAAUUCAGCUUCUUUCAAUACUGAAACAUCAUAUCUUCAUUUCCCCACAUUCCAUGGGGAGAUUAGUGCUGAUGUGUCUUUCUUUUUUAAGACAACAGCUUCCUCUGGGGUGUUUGUAGAGAACCUGGGAAUCUCAGACUUUAUCAGGCUGGAGCUUCGAGCUCCCACAGAAGUGACCUUUUCGUUCGAUGUGGGGAAUGGACCUUGUGAGGUCACAGUGCAGUCACCCACCCCCUUUAAUGACAAUCGCUGGCACCACGUGAGGGCAGAGAGGAAUGUUAAGGAAGCUUUGCUUCAAGUGGACCAGCUCCCUCGAAGGACACAACCUGCGCCCCCUGAUGGACACAUCAGCUUACAGCUCAACAGCCAGCUCUUUGUGGGUGGAACGGCCACCAGGCAGAGAGGCUUUCUGGGCUGCAUUCGGUCUCUGCAGUUGAAUGGGGUGACCCUGGAUCUGGAAGAAAGAGCCACAAAGACGCCAGGAGUGGAGCCAGGGUGCCCUGGACACUGCAGUAGCUAUGGACACUUAUGUCGCCAUGGAGGGAAGUGUAGAGAAAAGCCCAGGGGGAUUGUUUGUGACUGUGCCUUCUCUGCCUAUGCCGGGCCUUUCUGCUCAAAUGAGAUUUCUGCAUAUUUUGGAACUGGCUCCUCAGUGAUCUACAAUUUUCAGGAACAUUACAAUUACACCUUAAGUAAGAACUCUAGCUCCUCUGUGGCUUUAUGGCACGGGGAUGUGACACUGACCAGAGAAAUUAUCACACUCAACUUCCGAACCACAGAAACUCCCAGCUUACUGCUGUAUGUGAGCUCCUUCCAUGAGGAGUACCUCUCAGUUAUCCUUGCCCAGAAUGGAAGUUUGCAGAUCAGGUAUAAGCUAGACAGACAUCAAGAACCUGAUGUUUUUAACUUUGAUUUUAAAAACAUGGCUGAUGGGCACCUUCACCAGGUGAAGAUUAACAGAGAAGCAGCAGUGGUCUUUGUAGAGGUUAACCAGAGUGUGAAGAGACAAGUCAUCCUGUCAUCAGGGACAGAAUUCAAUGCCAUCAAAUCCCUCAUUCUAGGGUUGAUUUUAGAGCCCUCCGGCGCGGACCCCGACACGCGGCGCGCCGGCGCGCGCGGCUUCACCGGCUGCCUGUCUGCAGUGAGCUUCGGUGGGGCCGCUCCCUUGAGGGCGGUGCUGCACUCCGGAGGCCCCGCCCCGGUCACCGUCCGCGGCCACGUGGCCACCUCGUCCACGUGCGCAGCGGGGGCGGGGCCCGGCUCCCCGGCGCGGGAGCAGAGGCGGCCACCUGCCGGGAGCGCAGGUGCGUGGCGGGAGGCUGAGCCCUUCGUUAAUGCAGACGGAAGUGACUCUGCGGUCAUCAUCGGAGGUGUGAUAGCAGUUGUGAUAUUUGUCUUGCUGUGCAUCACUGCCAUAGCAAUAUGCGUUUACCAACAGAGAUGGUUUUACCAAAAAAACAAUUCCAAAAAAAAUGGAGACAAUGUAGAGACUUCUCUGAAAAGUGAGCUCAACGUGCAAACUACAGUCAAUGAAAGUCAAAAAGAGUAUUUCUUCUGAUUGGCAGCUGUGGGUUCCUUAUGACUAGGACAGUGUGACUUUCUGGCUAGGCCAGGGGCUCUCAGUACAGGUGGUGGGUACAGGGCUGUCACUUUACCCACACCUAGCUCCAGGGACAGCAGAGGAGCCACUCUGUGCUGCUUCAUGAUCUGUUCAUGUAACAGCAAGUUAGGUGUGGUCACUAAUCACUGCUUGGCAGUUUCUGACUGUUUUCACCCAAUCUUCUAAAAGGAAACAUAGUCUGCGUAAUGGCUGUGGGUUUCAACAAGGACAAGGCUUUGAGCUGUGCCCUGCUCUCUUAAAAAUGUGAUGCAGAAGUUUUAUUUAGAGGUAAAAGUCACAGUUGGAUUCUGAUGUGUUGUGUUACAUGGAAGACUAUGCUGUGGUCCCUUUAUUGAUCACCUCCUAACAUUUGGAACCCAGAAACACUUCUCAGAUGGCCUCAGCUGGAUUUUUUUUUCUGCUGUAAACCAGAGCCCAUUGGCCAAAAGUGCAUUAGAGACCUGGGAGGGGAAAGGUUUUGCUUGAUUGCUUUAUUAUCUGACUCUUUUAAAUCAGUUUGGGUACAUUUCAGUGGUGAAAUUAGUAGGGGAUGUCAGCUAUGAAACUGUAGUAUUGAAUUCAGUUAUGGAACAGAAAAUUAAUAGGUAACAAAAUGUGUACAGGAUUUUAAUAUGUGAUAAUUGAUAAGCUGCUUUUUUUUUGGAUUUGUAAUUACAGCCUUUGUAAAUUUUAAUAAUGAACACCUAUCAUUGAUCUCACAAAAAUGUGUAUUUUCUGACAAACUUGUGCCCAGAUAUAAACACUGCAAAGAUACCCUUCAUCCACAUUUACAAUGCUUGAGUGACAUAUAAUCUUUAACUUAUUUCCCUUAAAUGUGGGGUGAUUAGGUCAGUUUUUCUUUGUAGUCAUGAAAUUAUCUUUUUCUGAAGAUUUUCACAAUGAUCCUUUGGUUUUUUAUGACUCUUUUCAAUUACUAAGACAAAGUCACAUUUUGAACUAAAUCUUUCCAUUUCCAUUUCUAAAUUUUGAACUGAUCUUGUUAAAAUUUUUCCCGAAUCACCCUCUCGUGUCGUUAGUAUUUGGAAUAUCAACUAAAGCAAGCUCAUAUGACUAUAUGAUUCAAACUAAAUCCGUUGUUCUUGUCAUGAUUCCAGGAUCGUAGGUCAAUUUUUCAUACAGAGCCCAAAACAAACAUAUGCUGUUAACUGGUUCAUGUCCUGUUAGAGCAUAUUUACUUUCUGGGAGAGCAAGGAAUUCCUAUCAACUGUGGCAAGUGUUCCAGUAACUACUUUUGUGGACAGUGGUCAGUAUGGAGCUACCAUUUGCAGCCAAUAACCCAGCCGUAGUGAAUAGGUGCUACACUAUCUGUAUCCCACCUGUCAUGAGCCUCCCAAAUAUUGAGUAGAUGACUUAUUACUAUGCGAGGCCAAACUGGAACUAUAUACAUUCAGCCUUGCUAUUGUCUUCGAGUAUACAUCUAUUUUCUGUGUUCUUUUUAAAGAACAGGAAAGAUAAUCCUCUAUCUUUGGUCUUUUCUCAAAAAACUGCCUUUUCUUAUGGCAUUUGUGUUCGUUUUCUAGGCGGUUUAACAAACCGCAAAUACGGCACACACUUCUUAUCUCACCGUUUCUGUGAGUCAGGAGCUGAGUAUGGCUUAUUUGGGUUUUCAGCAAGGCCGGAAUUGAGUGUCAGCCAGGGCUGAGUUCUCAUCUGGAGACUCAAGUAGGGAAGGAUCCUCUUCCCCACUAGCGUGAUUGUUGGCAGCAUUCAGUUCUUUACUGCUGUAGGAUUCAUGGUGGUUUGCUUCUUUAAAGCCAGCAAAGGACCCUAGAGCAGGUUUGCUAGCAAGAAGGAGCCUUAACUGACAACAUAAUCACAAGAGAGACAUUUGCUCACCUUUGCCAUAUUCUUUCCGUUGGAAACAAGUCACAGGUCUUGCUAACACUCAUGGGGAAGGGAUUAUAUGAAACUAUGAACCAGGAAAUGGAGAUCAUGGGGCCACCAUAACUCUGCCCACCACAGCACGGUAUCUGUACUGAUGUUUCUUUAAAAUGAUGUUAGUAUAGUAUCAUAUCAAGAACCUACCUUGGUGAAUGAUAACACUUCUUUUGUAAAGGCCUGUACAGACUGGGGAAGGAUUCAGCAUGAAUGUGGUAGGCUCUUUGUGAUGCAUUAGCUGAAUGUCAACAAUAUAAAAUCACUGCAACUUUACAGGCGAUCAUUUUAAGUCCCGGAAGAUUCCAACUCUUCCGUUGCCGCAGAUUUACAGAUAGUGGAACCCACCACACUCUACUCUGUCUAGAGAGACAAGCUAGUUGCACCAGCCUACGUUAAUGUGUCAUCCACUUUCCCUUACUGAUUAGUAAAUGUUACUUAUUUGUUAGCAAAACAGCAUUUUUGAAUUGAAUUAGGAAAACAUUUUUAAGAGACGUUGUAUGAAAUUUGAAUUAUAGUACUGUGUUGUUUUUUCCCAGAAUAUUUUAAAAUGUGCAGAUGUACACAUUCUUUACUGGUAUGUACAUUACUUUACCUUUUCUGUGUAUAUGGAGAGUAUUAAGAUGUUAGCUUUUUAGAAUGGUGUUUAAUUUAUUGAGUACAAACUGAAAGAAAAAAUAGAUAUUUACUGAUUACUAUAAGUUAAACUACCUGUGAAAGUAGAUAUUUAAACAUAUGCACAUAACAGUUUAACAAUCAGGAAGAAAAUUUGUUGAUUGCUUACCAUCUGCUCAAAACUGGUUAACCACAUUUUUCUCCAAAAGAGCACUAUGUAAAUAUACUGACUCCAGUUGGAAAUAGCAUCCAUCUAUGAUAUAAAUGUUAAAAGAUCAUAAUUCCCCACAUGUUAUUUUGAAACAAAAAUGGAAAUAACAUAAAUAACACUCCUUAUUGGGGCUGGAACUUGAGGAUUUCUCUCUCUUCACUCCACUGUGAAGUGAAAUCCACCUCGUUAACCCCCAAGUAUUAUUUAGCUUCCUAGAAAAUCAUGUUGGGAUGCUUGUAUUUGUCUAGAAUAACCACUAGUUCUGGAACAUUUUUCACAUUCUUUCAUAUAGAACAUUUGAUGGAUGAUUAGUUUCAAUUGAUUAUAUAAAAAUAUAAAGUUCAUGGUCCCUGCCUUGAAAGUGAACAAUUACAAUUGAUGCACUUUUUAUCUAGGCUAGCCUGAAACUGGAAACCCUGGUGGCGUAGUGGUUAAGUGCUAUGGCUGCUAACCAAGAGGUGGGCAGUUCGAAUCCACCAGGCCCUCCUUGGAAGCUCUGUCGGGCAGUUCUACUCUGUCCUAUAGGGUCGCUAUGAGUCGGAAUCGACUCGACAGCAGUGGGUUUGGUUUGGUUAGCCUGAAACCCAUGGUACAAAUUAGCUCUGAUUAUACAAGUGGGUCAUCAAAUAUUCUUCAAAAUGAGGGGGAGGAAACAGACACAGCUUAAAUCAAACAUGCUUAGUUGAUCCACCAUUUUCUAAUCCAUGGAAUAAAAUGUUCAAGGAAUCCCUCAGUAUCCCCAAGAGAUCCUGGUUGACCCUGUUUUACAAAGUCUGGCUUAUAACGAGUGGCAACAUGGAAGAAAGAAUGAGAAAUUGAUCGUUGUUGUUAGGUGCUGUCAAGUAGGUUCUGACUCACACUGACUCUAUGUACAACAGAACAAAACACUGCCUUGGUCCUACACCACCUCACAAUUGUUACGCUUGACCCCAUUGUUGCAAACACUGUGUCAAUCCAUCUUGUUGAGGGUCUUCCUCUUUUUUUGCUGAUGCUCUACUUUACCAAGCAUGAUGUCCUGGGAAAAGGAUUUGUAUGUGUGUGUGCGCGUGUGUGUCUGUCAGUAGCCACACUGGAGCCAUGACGUAUUUACAAAUUCAGAGACAUUAACAGAUUUAAGAAAGAUGGAAAGUAAUUUACCCCUUCAGCUGAAUAUAAAUAUUAGUGGUAGAUCUUUGGGUGACCUAAACCUGCAUAUGACUAGUACCAGUUUUUGAGAGAAUGAAAGAAUAUUUUAGUAAAUUUAAGAGGAAACCCUGGUGGUGUAGUGGUUAAGUGCUACAGCUGCUAACCAAAAGGUCAACAGUUCAAAUCCACCAGGCACUCCUUAGAAACUCUAUGGGGCAAUUCUGCUCUGCCCUAUUGGGUCGCUAUGAGUCGGAAUUGACUUAACGGCAAUGGAUAAUAAAAUAAUAAUGGGUACACAGUUCAAGAAAGAGUCAAGAUUUUAUUUAAAAAAAAAAAAUUUCACUGCCACAAUUAUACAGGUUGUCUGUUGGAAGGAACAUGAAAAUGUCAUCCAGUCCUUUCCUCGCUCUUCACAGUUCGUUCAAGUUGUUUCUUCGUCUAGAAUAACACAGUUUAAUAGUAGCUAAGUUCAUUAUCUAGAGUCUCUUUCCUCUGUACUAGACUCAUGGGUGUAGCUCACUUUAAAAUUACUGCUCAGCAUUUCAUCAAAGGAGCAGACACUAGUAUGUGGUGUAACCAAUGCAGAUGUCGAUGAUGUUUUAGGGAGGCUAGCUAGACACUGGAGUCCCCGGGUGGUGCAAAUGGUUAAGUGCAUGGCUGCUAACCAAAAAGGUGGAGGUUUGAGUCCACCUGGAGGUGCCUCAGAAGAAAGGCCUGGUGAUCUACUUCCAAAAAAUUGGCCAUUGAAAAGUGUGUGGAGCACAGUUCCACUCGGACACUCACGGGGCCACCAUGAGUCCGAGUCACCUCCACAGCAACUGGUUGGUUAUUUAGGCAUUAAAAUUGCCGUAUUACUGGAACUAGCAGUAGGAUUAAUAUUGCAUUAAUCACGCUGGUGAGAAAAUAGGCCAAAGCGCUACCCUGUGGAAUCUCUGUUUACAAAGUACUAACAGUGUAAUAAAUUGGCCAUAGUUUCUUUAUGACUGAAAAUGAUUUAUUUGCAUUUUAUUGUAUUAUUGUGUUAAAAAGACAAGACAGUAGAUCCAGACUUUAUCAUUUAUCAUGUAAAUAAAAGUGCUUCUAUCUCAGGUCUAACCUUGUCUUUAGAUUUUGAAAAAUGAAAUUUCUUUACCUAGCUGGUGAUGUUGCCUAAACAUUAAAGAAAUCUCUUUAAAUAGAACCUUUGCAACUGUGUGUAGUGCUUUGCACCACUGAUGUCUCACUAGAAUUCUUAAACCAGUGUGGUGAGACAUAUAUGUUAUCCUCAUUCUUACAGAUCAGAAAGCUGGGGCACACAGACCUCCAUCGCUUUGAUAUCUACUGUGUAGAUAAUUAAUUACUGACGUUCUGUUCUGGUGCAGGUCUUGACAUUUCUACCAGGUGACUUGCUCCCCUGCUCUGCAACAAGUGGAAGUAUCUGUGGCUAUAUUUUUCUUUUGUUUCAAUCUUUUAAGUUAUGUUUUAUAUAUGUUAA